UUGUCGAUGUUUUCACAUAUUCGUCGUGACUGCUUUUGGAUGAUUCUUGUGUCCAAAUACAUUCUCUUACACAUGACUUAGGAAGAAAAAGUUUUUAUUUUUUUUAAUGGUCAUGGCGAGGUACCAGUGACAGUUUGUCAUUUUGCUUGACGUUGUGUGAAAGGAGGAAACGGCGGCACUUCCUCAGCAGAGUGACUCUGUGGCAGUGCGUCAUAGCAGCCGUUAACUCUCCGUUGACUACUCUUGUUGAAGUCAUGUCGUUUCGGAGAGCGAUCAGUCUUGCGUGCGGCUUCGCCGGCGGAUCCGCGGUUCUGGUGUGCGCGGCGGUCGCGGCAGAUAAACACGGCUACUUCGCAGACCGACGCCGGUUGAGAGAGACCCUGGCUGCCGUGCACGCUGCGCAGCCUCCGGCAUGGCCCACUGCGAACGGAUGGGACUAUAACUGGGACAAACGUGAUCCCUCAUCUCUGGUUAACGGGAAGAGAAAGGAGAGCACUGGUGACGGUGGAAGUCCGGAUGCGGAGAACAGCAAACCCAAAGCUACACGCCACAUCUUCCUCAUCAGACACUCGCAGUACAACCUCAAGGGGGAUGGAGAUAAAGAGAGGAUACUGACGCCUUUAGGACGUGAACAGGCUGAGUACACAGGACAGAGAUUAGCGGCGCUCGGACUGAAGUACGACGUUCUCAUCCACUCCUCCAUGACCAGAGCUACAGAGACGGCCAGCAUCAUCAGCAAACACCUGCCAGAUGUGGAGCUUGUGAGCUGUGAUUUACUGCGAGAGGGUGCUCCCAUAGAGCCUGUCCCACCGGUCACACACUGGAAACCUGAAGCAGUGCAGUACCAUGAGGACGGCGCGCGGAUCGAGGCAGCGUUCCGCCGCUACAUCCACCGAGCGGACGCCAAGCAGAAGGAGGACAGCUACGAGAUCAUCGUCUGUCACGCUAAUGUCAUCCGCUAUUUUGUGUGCAGGGCCCUGCAGUUUCCUCCAGAGGGCUGGCUGAGGAUGGGCCUGAACAACGGCAGCAUCACCUGGCUGACGAUUCGUCCCAGUGGCCGAGUAGGUCUCAGAGCGCUGGGAGACUCGGGCUUCAUGCCUCCAGAUAAACUGACACGGACAUGACGUUCUCCAGCUAGACCAGCAUGCCUCAAAUCAGCCUAGAACUGAAGAUCGUUGAGAUGGACAGAUGGUAGAGUUGCAAAGGAUUUCCUUAAAUCUUCUCCUGAAUGUUUUUUCAGAGUCACAAUAUUCUAGAAUACGGAAAGCGAUUUCAUAUUCAUCAACUUUAGGAGAAGAUUGCUGUGAAAUUUUCAUUUGCAACUCUACCAUGUGUUUCUGUGUUGAUCAGUGACCCCACAAGUGUCUUGAGUGAUUUGGUUUUGUAUUUUUUUUAAAACAAGCAAGUUGAGAAUUAUUGAUGUUUCUUUCAAUUAGACACUCCUGUGCCAUGCUUUGUGUGAACUAAGGUGGAAUUAACCAGCAAGUGUACUUUUUUUAUGUAUAUGACAAGGUUUUUUUUUUCCAGUAGCAUUAUGCAAACUCUGGAUGCCUUGUUUUGGCGUUGGUGUGUAUUUGCACGGUUUACUUGGAAUCGUUUAUCAUUGCUUUAGAAGCACGGUGAAAUGUGAGUAUCUUGCCACUGAAAGGUUGAGGAUGUUGUUAUUGUUUACGGCAGUAAAAAAUGAAUGAAUUGA